AUGACAGUUGUUAUUAGAUAUGUGAACAAGCAUGGAGAGGUGAUUGAACGAUUUAUGGCUGUAGUUCAUGUUGCAACAACUACAGCUGCUUGUUUGAAGGAGGCAAUCAACUCUUUAUUUGCUAAGUAUGGUUUAUCAGUGGCGAGAUUGAGGGGUCAAGGAUAUGAUGCUAGUGGUUGUAGCGUUGCUCAAGCAAAUCAAUAUGUUUGUGAUUUCAUGUGGAUUGCUGGUUCGAUUGUGAACACAUCUGCAUCAUCUUGCAAAAGGGCCGACAAACUUCGACAACUUGAACAUGAUAGAAAAGUUAAACUUCUUGAAAGAGGAGAGAUUAGUUCUGGUAGAAGACUAAACCAAGAAACUAGUCUAGCUAGACCUGGAGAUACACGAUGGGGGUCUCAUCAUUCAACUUUAUGUCGUAUUGAACAAAUGUGGCCAUCUGUUAUAGAGGUUCUUCAAAAUUUGAUUGAUGAUUGUGAUCGUUCUUCUAAGGGUUUAAGUAGAACUUUGGUUGAAAGAAUGGAGAGGUAUGAAUUUGUGUUUAUUCUACUAUUGAUGAAACGUAUAUUGGCAAUCACAAAUCAUUUGUCAACCGUUCUACAAGAGAAAGAUCAAAAUAUUGUGAAUGCGAUGCGUUUGAUCAAUAAUGUGAAAUGCAAAUUGCAAAAGUUGAGAGAUUCUGGAUGGGAUAUUUUACUUGAGGAUGUGAAGAAGUUUUGUAACACUCAUUCCAUUGAAAUAAUUAAUAUGACAGAUAACAUCAACAACCGUAGUCGUUUGAAGAGAGAUGGAAAAAAUGUUAUCGAUAUUAUUCUACAGGAGAUGGAUAGUCGUUUCUCUGAAACAACUAUAGAUUUGUUGAUUUAUAUGUCAUGUCUUGAUCCUAGGAACUCGUUCUCUAGAUUUGAUGUACAGAAGUUAGUGCGCCUGGCUCAUUUUUAUGAGGAUGAUUUUUCUUGGAAUGAGCAUAUGUUGGUUGAACAAGAGCUUGAAACAUAUAUUAAUGACGUCAGAUCAGAUGAACGGUUUGAAGGCAUUUCAGAUUUGGGAGCUCUUGCAAAGAAAAUGAUUGAAACAAUGAAGAACCGUGUGUUUCCUUUGGUUUAUCGGAUGAUUGAGCUAGCCUUACUUCUUCCAGUUGCUACUGCAACUGUUGAAAGAGUGUUUUCGGCAAUGAAUAUUGUCAAAACAGAUUUGCGAAACAGGAUUGGAGAUGAAUGGAUGAAUGAUAGUUUGAUAGUAUAUAUCGAGAACAAUGUUUUUAAUACUGUCGACAAUGAGCCAAUUUUAUAG